AUGAAAAUAAAUGACCGCCGAUCUAUUUCUGUAUAUUUCUUCUCCUCUUUCUUUCUUUCUUUCUUUCUUUCUUUUUCUUUCUUUCUUUAUAAUCUUACCUUUCCUUUGUUUGUUUGUUUCUUUCCUCUAAUUUUAUAUUUCUUUCUUUCUUUCUUUCUUUCUUUUUCUUUCUUUCUUUAUAAUCUUACCUUUCCUUUGUUUGUUUGUUUCUUUCCUCUAAUUUUAUAUUUCUUUCUUUCUUUCUUUCUUUCUUUCUUUCUUUCUUUCUUUCUUUCUUUCUUUCUUUGCUUUGCUUUUAUUUUUCGCUGUUUGAUCUUACCCUCUUUUUAUUCUUUUUUCCUUCUUUUUUUAUCCAAUUUUAAAAACACCCUCCCGUCUCUUUCCUUAACUACAUUAUUUCUUUGUCUUUUCCUUUUGUCCGUGCUUGCAUUUUCUGCUUUCCUCUCGACUAAUUCAUUCUUUCUUUCUUUCUUUCUUUCUUUCUUUCUUUCUUUCUUUUCGUUUGAUCCAUUCCUUUCUCUUUUACUAGCCCUUUUUAUAUUAAUGUCUUCUUUCUUUCUUUCUGUCUUUCUUUCUUUCUUUCUUUCUUUCUUUCUUUCUUUCUUAAUAGUUGUCUAA